AGAUGAAAUGCUGCCAACCAACACAUUUCUAUUUGUUAUGAUCAUGAUGUGAUGAUGAUUUUAGUAUCCUUUUCUCUCUGUCUGUCUAAUGAGUGGGAAAGAAAAAAAAAAAUUAUUCUGAAGUCGCUCUCACGCGCGUUGUUGCUUUGGAUUUAAUAGACUCCCUUUCAUUUUCGUGUACCUCAUUGAGUUUUGAAUCUUUCUUUGUGAUUGAGAAGCUUCGUGGUGAAUCCACUGGGAUUCACAAUCUCUCUACAGAGAAGGUUCGAAAAUUCAAAUCUUUGGUGAUGACCAAACCGCUGAACAAGUAAGAGAGAUGUAUAGAGAUAGGUAAGAAUUUUGGGAUUUAAGCAUCUAAGGUUUUUUAUCUGUAUCCAUUUGGAUCACCUCGGUAUACCGCAUUUGCUCUUUGAAGCUUGUUUUUAAAUUUGGGUGGGCUUGAUUUUACUCAGAAAGGUAUAUGGUGAAGUGGGUUUUUUUUUUUUUUUUUAUCACAAAGGCUUUUGUGAUCGGGAUUUUGCUUACUGGACUGUAAAAGUCUCAAGAAGUCUGAAGCGUUUGUAGAUAUGGGGUUUUGAUUAGUGAACUUUUUUGCCGUUUGAGAAAUCUGACGUUGAGAGUUUGGAGAUUUAAAAAUUUGCAAAACAGACGGCAUUGAUCACUAAAAUGCUAUUCAAAUAUUGAGUGUUGCUCUGGACACCUCGGCGGUUUAUGAACUUCUCAGUAAGUUUGAGAUUUUGGCGAGCUGAAUUUGCCUUUUUUUUGUUUGAGUGGGGGAUUCUGAAUUUGGAUCUCUUGACUGGAGAAGGAAGUAACAGCCGGAAUGGCGUCGCCUGCUCCAAAUUCUCCUCCUGCUGCUGCAGUUCCUACAGCUUCAAAAACUAGUCCACCACCUUCCUCUUCAACGGUUUCACCACCUCCCUCAGUGCCUCAACCCACUGAUACUACGGGUUCACCUCCGUCCACAAGCCCUUCUCCUCCAUCCCCACCACCUCAAUCCCCUCCGCCUGUUCCUGCUGCUCCUCGUCCAGUAACACCGUCGCUCCCAUCGGCACCACCUACCGCUCCCCCUCCAGCACCACCUACCACCCCUCCUCCUCCUGUAGUCGCCCCACCACCAUCCCCUCCUCUUUCUCCUCCACCUCCGGUGCCUUCACCACCCCCUCCGGUAGUGCCCCCUCCACUUCCUGCUGUCACUCCCUCUACGCCUCCUGCAGGUUCUCCUCCACCUCCAGCAUCACCUCCUCCACCUCAACCAGUCUCUCCUACUCCUGUCACUGAUCCAUCCUCAUCGCCCUCCAAUUCUCCCCCAGCGCCAUCAGCAAAACGUCCUGCUAGUUCUCCACCUCCGCGCCCAUCUCACACGCAUAAACCUGCACCAUCUGGUUCUCAAUCGGCGCCUCCACCGUCCCCAACUCCCCCACCUUCAUUUCCAUCACCAUCGGCACCUAGUGGGCAACCAGUUGCCACCCCACCUCCAAUUCUCUUACCGCCUGCUCCUGCUUCUAAUCUUGCUCCUCCUCCUCAAAGUCCAUCAACUCCCCAAAGUCCCCCACCUCCUUCAGUGGGUUCUAAUGAAAACAUUACAGCAAACAACACAUCUAACAAUGGGGGACAUAGAACUGGAGCUGUAGCGGCAAUUAGUGUUGUAACAGGCCUUGUAGUUCUUGCUCUGAUAGGAAUGGCUAUCUGGCGCGUCAGGAAGCAGAAGAAGAAAGGCGUUAGAUACAAUGGUGGCUAUGUCAUGCCUUCCCCGGCACCCUCUUCCCAGAAGUCGGAUGCUUCCUUUAUAAAGGCCCACUCUUCAGCUCUGCGAGUAGGAAGUGGCUCUAGCAGUGAUUUCAUAUAUUCACCAUCAGAGCCUGGUGGCUUGGGCAAUUCAAAGUCAUGGUUCACAUAUGCAGAACUAGUAGAAGCCACAAAUGGGUUUUCCGCACAGAAUCUUUUGGGUGAAGGUGGAUUUGGUUGUGUGUACAAAGGAUGCCUAACAGAUGGUAGGGAGGUGGCUGUAAAACAGCUCAAAAUUGGUGGUGCACAGGGGGAGCGUGAAUUCAGAGCUGAAGUCGAAAUUAUUAGCCGUGUACACCAUCGUCAUUUAGUUUCACUGGUAGGCUACUGCAUAUCAGAAAGUCAGAGGUUGCUCGUUUAUGAUUAUGUCCCAAACAAAACUCUUCACUACCAUCUUCAUGGGGAAGGUAGGCCAAUUAUGGAUUGGGCGACCCGAAUUAAGGUUGCUGCUGGUGCAGCUCGUGGAAUAGCUUACCUGCAUGAAGACUGCCAUCCACGGAUUAUUCACAGGGAUAUUAAGUCAUCAAACAUUCUUUUAGAUAACAAUUUUGAAGCUCGGGUUUCAGAUUUUGGGCUUGCAAAGUUAGCUCUGGACACAUACACCCAUGUGACCACACGUGUGAUGGGAACCUUCGGAUACAUGGCACCAGAGUAUGCAUCAAGUGGAAAAUUGACUGAAAAGUCAGAUAUGUACUCUUUUGGAGUUGUGCUUCUUGAGCUGAUUACUGGUCGAAAACCUGUGGAUGCAUCUCAACCCUUGGGAGAUGAGAGUCUAGUUGAAUGGGCUCGACCAUUGCUUACUCAAGCACUUGAUAAUGAAGAAUUUGAAGAGUUGAUAGAUCCAAGGCUUGGAAAGAACUACGUAGGAAAUGAGAUGUUUAGGAUGAUUGAGGCAGCUGCAGCAUGUGUGCGUCACUCGGCUGCAAAGAGACCUAGAAUGGGGCAGGUGAUAAGAGCCUUAGACACUAUAGGGGACCCAUCAGAUCUUAGCAAUGGAAUCAAACCAGGCCAAAGUGAAGUAUUUGAUUCUAGAGAACAGUCUAGAGAAAUAAGAAUGUUUCAGAGGAUGGCUUUUGGUAGUCAAGAUUACAGUUCAGAUUUUUUCAGCCAAUAUAGCUGGAGAAGUGGAGAUCAUUGAAAACGAUUACUGUUGCUUGUGAAUUUCCAAGAGGAUGAGAUGGUUAGAGAAGUAUGAAGGCAACUCAAUGUUGCAGUAAAUUUCAUGUAAAUGUGCAAAUGACUUGUCAAAGAGUGUACUGUUUCAUCGUGGUCUCAGACUCGGCCAAACAUGCAAGAAGUAUCUCAUAUACUGUAUACUUUGAGAACUAUCACACAUUCAAGCCUUGGAGCCUUUAAUUAGAUAAUUCAACCAGCUUCCUUUACAUUCAGCAAAUACUGAUUUUUUUUUUCUUUUCCUGUAAUUUUUUCCAUCCUAAUUAACCAAUGCUUGUACGGAUA